ACAUACAGGAAUACCUGAGUGUGUAUUGAAUUUAUAAAUUUAAGCUUAAGAAUGUCUCUAAGAAGAAGAUAUAGUCAGUUUAAAACCAAACACCGGUCAAUAAAGUUGUAUCGAUUUUAAAACGAACUUUAAAAAAAUAAAUAAAAACGAAUAAAAAACUUAAAAAAAAGAAAACAAAAUAAAUAAAACGAAAAUGCGUAUCUUGUCCAUUUGUUGUUCGGUGCUGUUAAUCACCAUGUGCAUAAUUAUGCAACAGCAGAGUGUUGAAGCAAAACCUUUUAUAUUUAAGUUCUUUUUGCCACAAGGUCCAGCUCGUACUGCUAGUUCCUCCUCUUCAACCUCGUCGUCCUCCUCAUCAUCGUCGUCAUCUUCCAUCUCCACUGGUAUAGACUUUUCCAGCAUUAUAAGUACAAAAAUAAAUCUCUUAUCCAGCCUUUUGCAAACUGGCCUUAGAAGUAGUGCUAGUGGUCUCAAUAUCGGCUUUAAUAAAUUCUUCCCUAGUUCUCAAGUCACCCCAACCAGAAGGCCUUACACUUCUACAACUGCUACCACCCCUGAUGAUGAAUUUGAACCAGAGUCAUCGACUUCUUCGAUCAGCAGUGUAGACUCGACAACAACAACCACCACAACAACUACUACAGAAUCUUCCAAUUCUUUUGAUUCUUCUGAAUUUAUUGACAAAACUGAAACUGAUAACAACUCAGGUUCUUCAAGCACCACCGAAAGCAGUAGUAGUGGAGGUUCUGAUAGUGCUAGUAAUCAAAUCUGGAUAACUACCGAAAAGAGUGGAGUUGACUCUACUACCGCAAAGGCUAGCACGGAAAAUUCUGGUAAUGAUGAGACUGCUUCCAAGGUAACCACCGAAAAGAAUGGUUAUGAUUACACCACUUCUAAGGUAACCACUGAAAAGUCAGGUAAUGAAGGUUAUGAUUACACUACUACCAAAGUAAGCAUUGACAAGUCGGAAAACGGAGGUUAUGACUACACUACUUCUAAAGUAAACAAUGACAACUCAGGAAAGGAAGGUUACGAAUACACCGCAUCCAGCACCAAAGUUUCUACCUCUAAAACAAGUAAUACAGGUUAUGACUACACUACUUCCAAAGUAAGCACCGAAAAGUCUGGCAAUGAAGGUUAUGACUACACUACUUCCAAAGUAAGCAAUAAUAACUCUGGAAAGGAAGGCUAUGACUAUGACAAACACAUUGGAGGUUACAACUACGACAACUCAAAAGUUAUUUCCGAUGACAGCGGUUAUGAAUACACCACCUCUCGUGUAACCACCUAUAAGCCAAAUGGUUAUAAAUACACAACAGCCAAACCUGGUUACAGUUAUGAGAAUGCAAUGAGCGAAAAUGAAAUCUCCAAUGAAAUACCGAGUGUCAAUAAUCAAUAUUUGCCCGCUUUUUAGAUUUAGGUAGAUUUUAAUAGUUUUCUUGAACAACAGCAAUAACAAGCCCAUAAUUAUGAUAUAAGUUUGAAAUAUUUUGUGAUUCUGUAGAGGAAUUUCAAGAUAUUUGCAUGGGGUGUGGUAAAGAAUUAAGCAAAUAACAAGAACUAGUUAUAUACUUAAUAGUAAAGAAGUAUGUUUAAGAUGUACGUAUGUUUAUUUGACUUUGAUGAUCAUCAUCAUUAUUAUGAUGAUCUUUAUUAUAAUGAUGAGUGUAUUUAGCAUAUAAGAUCAAUACAACAUGACAAGACUUGAUUUUAUAAUUUUUAAGUUAAUGAAAUAUUUUUUAAUAAAUAAUGUGGAAAAAAAUUAACAAA